AUGACAAGGAAUUCUACUCCUAAUACUUCAACUUCAACCAAAAAUGAUGUUAUAAUAUCAAAAAAAAAUACUCCAGUAAAUAAUCCUAAUUCGAAUAAUAAUUAUUUAACACAGCAGUCAAGCGCUUUUAGUCCUACAAUUACAACUGUCUCUUCUAGUUCUGCUGCUACACCAUCUUCUUAUAAUUCUUAUUCUCAACAACAACAAUUUUUUGCUAAACUACAAGCUACUCAAUCUCCAACCGACAGUAACAACACUACGAUGCAUAGUUCAACCACAAGUCGUGGUCACGUCCAUCAGCCAAGUCUUAGUAUAGGUCCAAGUCCAAAUAACAAAUUCUUACUUUCGGAUUUUACCAUCUGUCGUACUCUAGGUACAGGAUCUUUUGGUAGAGUACAUCUUGCUCAAUCUAAAUAUAAUAAUAAAUUUUAUGCAAUGAAAGUAUUAAAGAAAUCCGAAGUAGUACGUUUAAAACAAGUUGAACAUACAAAUAAUGAAAAACACAUUCUUGAGCAAGUUCAACAUCCUUUCUUAGUUAAUUUAUGGGGAACUUUUCAAGAUAGUACUAAUUUAUAUAUGGUAAUGGACUACGUGGUUGGUGGUGAACUAUUUAGUAUAUUAAGAAAAUCUCAGCGUUUCCCGGACCAUGUAGCAAAAUUUUAUGCUGCAGAGGUUGUACUUGCAUUUGAAUAUUUACAUUCAAAAGAUAUUAUUUAUAGAGAUUUAAAACCAGAGAAUUUACUAUUAGAUCGUAAUGGACAUAUAAAGAUCACAGAUUUUGGGUUUGCAAAAUAUGUACCUGAUAUAACUUGGACGUUGUGUGGUACACCAGAUUAUUUGGCACCAGAAAUUAUACAAUCGAAAGGAUAUGGAAAAGCUGUAGAUUGGUAUUCCUUAGGUGUACUAAUAUUUGAAAUGUUAGCAGGAUAUCCCCCAUUUUAUGAUGAAGAUCAUAUGAGAUUAUACGAAAAAAUAUUGUCGGGUAGGAUCAAAUAUCCUUCUUCUUUUGAUCCUAUAGCAAAAGAUCUUUUAAAGAGACUUUUGACUAGUGAUUUAAGUAAGAGAUAUGGUAAUUUAAAGGCCGGUAGUAAGGAUAUCAAGUCUCAUCAAUGGUUUAAAGGUAUUGAUUGGGAUAAAUUAAUUCAACGGGAUGUAACAGCUCCUUAUAUUCCUAAUUUUAGUGGUGAUGGUGAUACGAGUAAUUUUGAUGUUUAUCCUGAAGAAAGAGAACCUUAUGGCAAGCCAUCUAACGAUUUAUAUAGAGAUAAAUUUCCAUCCUUUUAA